AGGGCUCGGCUGGUUGGGGGAAGGGCUUCACUCAGCAGCUCAUGGCGGAGAGAAGAAACUCUCCGUCGGCUCGAUCACCGCGCCGAUCCGCCAACACGGCCGAGCACCGUACGACAUGAGCCUGCGGAGAUUGCGGACAGUCUGCGUGUGUGUUUCUGCUUUCGGCGAGUCCACGGAGCUGCUGCAUUCAGACACGGUGUCCUGUGAGCGUUUCUGAGAGGAACUGAAGAACAAACAGGGGAAAUGGCUGCGAGCGCGGGCUUCUCCUCCAAUGGACCUGUACCCUGGGCUCUGAGCGACACCGAGGUGAACAAUCUGUACCGGGAUCUGGAGCUGGGCACCGUACUCACGCUCUUUUACUCCAAAAAGUCCCAGAGACCCGAGAGAAGGACGUUUCAAGUCAAGCUCGAGACCAGGCAGAUUAUCUGGACCAGAGGAACGGAUAAAAUCGAGGGCGAAAUUGAUAUCCGGGAGAUUAAGGAGAUCCGGACGGGACAGAAGUCUCGUGACUUUGAGCGAUAUGUGGAGGACGCCACGGCCCGGCCGGACCAGGCCCACUGCUUCGUCAUACUCUACGGGACUGAGUUUCGCCUCAAAUCUCUCAGUCUGGCAGCGACCUCAGACGAGGAGAUGGUGAUGUGGGUGAAGGGUCUGACGUGGCUGAUGUCCGAUACGCUGGGCUCCUCCACACCGCUGCAGAUUGAAAGGUGGCUGAGAAAGCAGUUUUACGCAGUGGAUCGUAACAGAGAGGACAGAAUUUCCUGUAAGGAUCUGAAAAGUAUGUUGUGUCAGGUCAACUACAGAGUGCCCAACAUGAAGUUCCUCCGAGAGAAACUUCCGGAUGGCGAGCUAAGGAACGGAGAUGUGUCAUACAGUCAUUUCGCUCAGCUGUACCGCAGUCUGAUGUUCGACGCACAGAAAUCGAUGGAGAUUCCACUGCUGCAGAGGUUUAUUGAGAGACCGGAGCAGAAGAUCUCGCUGGAGGACUUCCAGAACUUCCUCAUUGAACAGCAGAAGGAGCUGUGGGCUGCAGACAUUAAUAAGGUGCAGGAGUUCAUGUUCCACUACCUGAAGGAUCCUCUGAGAGAGAUCGAGCAGCCCUACUUUCACCAGGACGAGUUCCUCACCUAUCUGUUCUCCAAAGAGAACACCAUCUGGGACGCUCAGCUGGAUCAAGUGCGGCCCGAGGACAUGAACAACCCCCUGUCCCACUACUGGAUCUCCUCAUCCCACAACACCUAUCUGACGGGGGACCAGUUUUCCAGCGAGUCGUCUCUGGAGGCGUACGCCCGCUGUCUGCGCAUGGGCUGCAGAUGCAUCGAGUUGGACUGCUGGGACGGUCCUGACGGGAUGCCUGUCAUCUACCACGGUCACACCCUCACCACCAAAAUCAAGUUCAGUGAUGUGCUCAACACAAUCAAAGAGCACGCAUUCGUCACAUCUGACUAUCCCAUCAUCCUUUCCAUCGAGGACCACUGCAGCAUCGUCCAGCAGAGGAACAUGGCCACUUUCUUCAAGAAGGUGUUUGGAGAGAUGCUGCUGACCAAAGCGGUGGACAUUUCAGCAGACGGCCUGCCCUCGCCCCACCAGCUCAAGAGGAAGAUCCUCAUCAAGCACAAGAAGUUAGCAGAAGGCAGUGCAUACGAGGAGGUGUCGUCUUCAACACCCUACUCAGAGAACGAUAUCAGCAACUCCAUCAAGAACGGCAUCCUGUACCUGGAGGACCCCAUCAACCACGAAUGGUAUCCACACUUCUUUGUUCUGACCAGCAAUAAGAUCUAUUACUCUGAAGAGACGUCCAGUAAUCAGGGGAACGAGGAUGAGGAGGAGCACAGAGAGAUCUGCAACGGUAUGGACCAGCAUGUGACGGAGAAGUGGUUUCAUGGUAAAUUGGGUGCAGGUCGUGACGGCCGUCAGAUCGCAGAGCGCCUGCUGUCUGAAUACUGUGUGGAGACUGGAGCUCCAGACGGAUCCUUCCUGGUGCGGGAGAGCGAGACCUUUGUGGGAGACUAUACCCUCUCCUUCUGGCGCUCUGGCCGUGUUCAGCACUGCAGGAUUCACUCUCGACAGGAAGCAGGAAGUCCCAAGUUCUACCUGACAGAUAACCUGGUGUUCGACACUCUGUUUGCGCUCAUCACUCAUUACCAGCAGGUUCCUCUGCGCUGCAACGAGUUCGAGAUGAAGCUGACCGAGCCAGUGCCACAAACCAACGCUCACGAGAGCAAAGAGUGGUAUCACGCGUGCCUGUCCCGCAGUCAGGCUGAAAACAUGUUGAUGAGGGUCCCUCGUGACGGCGCUUUCCUUGUUAGGAAGAGAACUGAAUUCAACUCUUUCGCCAUUUCCUUCCGGGCCGAGGGCAAGAUCAAGCACUGCCGCGUCCAGCAGGAGGGACAGACUGUGGUUUUGGGAACCUCCGAGUUCGACAGUUUAGUAGAUUUAAUCAGUUACUAUGAGAAACAUCCACUGUACCGCAAGAUGAAGCUACGCUACCCCAUCAACGAGGAAACUCUGGAGAAGAUCGGCACUGCUGAGCCUGAUUAUGGGUCUCUGUAUGAGGGACGAAACCCGGGAUUCUACGUGGAAGCCAAUCAGAUGCCCACGUUUAAGUGCACAGUUAAAGCCAUGUAUGAAUAUAAAGCCCAGCGGGAUGAUGAGCUCUCCUUCAUCAAGAACGCCAUCAUUAGUAAUGUGGACAAACAGGAUGGAGGCUGGUGGAAGGGGGACUGUGGUGGAAAGAAGCAACUGUGGUUCCCAGCCAAUUAUGUGGAGGAGAUCAGCCCAACGGCAGUGGAGCCUGACAGAUCUGCCUCAGAGAACAGUCCUCUGGGAGAUCUCCUGAGAGGAAGUGUGGACGUGUCUUCCUGUCAGAUCGUGGUCAGACCUGAAGGGAAAGGUAGCCGUCAGUUCGUCUUCUCUCUGGUGCCGGUGGCGUCUCCUCGCACCGGUCCUGUGCUGGACAUCGCAGCGAGCUCUCAGGAUGAGCUGAAGGACUGGGUGUUCAAGAUCCGAGAGGUCACCAUGACAUCUGAAGCCAAGCUGGAGGAGGGUAAAAUGAUGGAGAGAAGAAAGAAGAUCGCUUUAGAGCUGUCGGAUCUGGUCAUCUACUGCCGGCCGGUUCCUUUCGAUGAAGACAAAAUUGGGACAGAGCGUGCCUGUUUUCGGGACAUGUCGUCCUUUCCCGAGACUAAAGCAGAGAAGUAUGUGAACCGCAUUAAAGGGAAGAAGUUCCUGCAGUAUAACCGUCUGCAGCUCUCGCGGAUCUACCCGCGCGGCCAGCGCCUCGACUCCUCCAACUAUGACCCAUUACCCAUGUGGCUGUGUGGCAGUCAACUGGUGGCUCUCAACUUCCAGACUGCAGAUAAACCUAUGCAGAUGAACCAGGCCAUCUUCAUGCUGAACGGCAGGAGUGGAUAUGUGCUGCAACCGCCCAUCAUGAGGGACGACAGCUUCGACCCGUUCGACCGGCACUCACUCAGAGGAGUGGAGCCCAUUACACUCAGCAUUGAGGUUUUGGGAGCGCGUCACCUGCCCAAACACGGUCGAGGUAUUGUUUGUCCGCUCAUUGAGAUUGAAGUUUGUGGAGCAGAAUAUGAUAAUGCCAAGCAGAGGACGGACUCUGAAGCAGACAAUGGUCUGAACCCCACCUGGACCAGGAAACCCUUCAGGUUCACCGUGUGCAAUCCUUGCUUCGCAUUCCUGCGCUUCGUGGUCUACGAAAUCGACAUGUUCAGUGACCAGAACUUUUUGGCCCAGGCCACUUUUCCCAUCAACUGCCUCAAAACAGGCUACCGCUCGGUCCCGCUGAAGAACAGCUACAGUGAGGAUCUGGAGCUGGCCUGUCUGCUGGUGCACAUGGACGUCAUCAGAGGACGGGUGGGAUAUGAGCUGAUCCAUGAGAAUGGAGAUGUGUUGAGUCCGUUCUCUCCGGCUGGGGCGAUGGCGAUGGCCAUGCAGGCGGGCCGCGAGCGGCUGGGCGACUCUGGCUCCGUCUCCUCCACCUCCUCAAUGUCUCCUCUGCCCUCGUCUCCAGCGCAGGCUCUGGGGUACCGCGGGCGUGAGGGCUCGUUCGAGGCCCGCUAUCAGACGCCUCUGGAGGACUUCAGGGUGUCCCAGGAGGCGCUGCUGGACCACGAGAACAGGAGGCUCCGCAGGGCUCGCGUCAGCGCCGAUAACCGAGCGUAAACCGAGCGGACGACAGACAGACGGACGGAGCAGACGAGACGCAAGGCCAGCGACAGGGUUUCUGCAGAGCUGAUGAUGUCGGGACGGUUUGUGUGGGAAUGGGCACGGCGGCGCUUUCGGACAGAUCUCUCUCUCCCGCUCAGGGCCCUGUGGUGGGCAGAGGGACUCGCGCCGAGCCUUCGCUCGCGGACACACAUCUACAAAAACCUGCUUCGCUACAAUCUGAACCUACGGCCGACGGGUCAGGUGUCUAACGCAGACGCUCACAGACGAACAGCGUUUCAAAACUGAGUGGGGCUGUAUCAUUCAUCACUUAAAACAAACGAAACCCAUUCCAGGUUAACAUUUAAGGAGUAAUAAUACAUUUCUUUACUCUAUCUCUCUGGCUUAUAUAUGACUAUAUAAAUGUGUGUGGUCCAUUUCGCCGUCAAAUUCGAGAAGCAUCUGCUCUCAAAGAGCCUUUCACUCCAGAGUUUUAUUUCAUUAUUUUUUUAUUAUUUAAAUGUUACGUUUUUAACUCUUUUUAACAAUGCGAGUGUGUCUAACAUGAGGGCUUGGCCUUUUUAAGUUGCAUUUCUUGUGCGUUUUCUUCCCUCUGACCGACUGAAGGGUCUGUUUUUGUAAACAGGCAGAUGGCAUUCUGGGAGAUCUCACUGAAGCAGUCGCUAUUCGUCAACGUUUGAACAUGUUUUUAUUUUACAAUAUGACGUGAUCACGUGACCAGAGAGCAAUAUCACUCUCCUUUUGUUUGUCGGCAGUCUUGGCGGACGCAAACAGCUCAGGUGGGGUUUUUAAGGCUUUGCAGGAAAUACUGUGUGUUUAGUUUACGAAACAUGGACCAUCUCAUUUCACAUUGUUAUAUUUUCCCUCUGGAAAACAUUUCUGUGAUGUAUUCUUUCCCUUUACUCUCUGAUCAGUUGAAAUGUCUUUUUUUUCGUGAUGAUUUCUUUGGCGUUAUUUUAAUUAGAUCAUAUAGAGUGGACGUUGUAUACUUCUGUAUCGUCAGAAAGCCAAAGGUCGACUGUGCGGGACCAAAUGUGUGCGUCUCCAUAAUAUUAGGUUAGUAAAACACCCUGAGCAUUGAAUACUUCUGGACAAAAAGGACAGGAUCUUUGGGAUUUGUGUGUGUGUGUGUUUUUUUUUUCUUGUGUUGACAAGAGUAAGGGCAUUUCAGUCAGUCUUUUCAUUGUGCCAUUCGUUCACUGUGUUUUGUGUUACGCCAUAGUCCUAAUAUAGUCAUGUAUUGAAAAAUGACUGGUAAAAUGUAGUAUUUACAGUUGAUGUGUUGUAAAAUCAAUGCAAUGGGUAUUGUAGCUCCGUCUGAUGCAGUUCUCCUGUUUAGCCAGUAGAGGUUGCAGUAUUGCUGCACACGUUGCCUUGUCAUUCUGAGAGUCAUUUAGUGUCUAACAGACACGUACGGAAGCCAUUGUAAACAUACCGUUUGUUUUUCUCAUUCACUGAUGCUUUACCUGGCUCUCCGUUUGACCUUGGGGUCCAGGUGCACUUUUAUAUUUGUGCUUUGCAGCCCCUUUUUAGAAACCUAUAUAUUUUACGCCUAAGUUAUGGCACCAUUGCUGCAAUAUUUAUUUGGGUCAGUGCAUGACAGCUGUGGAAGAAGCGCCCAACACCGUGUUGCUUUGUUGUACGUUCCCCUGACUGGUCAUAUGAAGAAAACUGGAACGAGGGGGUACAUUGCAUGUCUACAUUGUCAUUCCUCUUUUUUUUUAUUGCUAUAAUCAGUGUAGAAUACGUUAGAAAGUUAGACAAGAGAACCGCCGAGCUUUAAAAAGGAAAAGAUGACGCCAAACCUCUUCAGAGGGACGUUCCUCUGCAUUUAUUCCUGAUUAUUGGACAUUCCCUCAGUGUUAAAUCCCUGUACUUCUGUUGGCCUUCUGCAGUCUGUACAUUUAUGUUCUGCUUAUUCCCUUCAUCAUCGUUCAUGUGCCUUGGUGUAUGUAUACAUCAACAAAAGAUCCCCCGUCGGACAUGUAUGCCUUUUUCUAUGCUUUCUUGCAUCAGCAUUUUGUUACCAAUGUUCUUAUUUACGAACCAAGCCUUUUCUGUAACGUGCCUAUGCUAUAUUGGAGGAAGUAUACAUUUUAAUUUUGCUUUUCAUAUGAAACAUAAUCAAGCCUGAGAAUAAAGUACUUAUUCAACAUUGA